CCCCCUCACUCCAUGGCCGAAAAUAUAUACAGCAAAGGCACCAGGGUAUGGUUCCCUGACAAGGAGCUAGGUUGGAUAUCCGCCGAGGUCACCACGGUCACCAGGACCGAUGAUACUGUCAAGCUGGUCUUUGUAGAUGAACGCGGAAAGGAGAUUAAGGUAGACACCACCGUCAAGGCGAUCAAGGAUGGCAAGGAGGACCUGCCACCGCUACGAAACCCACCGCUGCUGGAAACCGCUGACGACCUCGCGACCCUCUCUCAUUUGAACGAACCUUCAGUCCUUCACACAAUCCGCAAUCGUUACGCCCAACACAGCAUCUAUACAUACUCCGGAAUUGUCCUCAUCGCCGUCAACCCCUUCCAACGCGUCGCCCUUUAUGGCCCGGAAGUCAUUCAAGCAUAUAAUGGCCGUCGGAGAGGCGAACUCGAGCCGCAUUUGUUCGCUAUAGCGGAGGACGCCUACACUGCUAUGAGCAGAGAUGGCACGGGCCAGACCAUCAUCGUCUCCGGGGAGAGUGGUGCCGGCAAGACGGAAUCGGCGAAGUACAUCAUGCGUUACCUCGCGUCCGUGGAUCCUCCCGAAAAGAAGAACAAGGCUAGGACCAAAGCUUCGCUUGACGAGUCGAGCGAGGUGGAGCGUCAGAUUCUCGCCACCAAUCCGGUACUCGAAGCGUUCGGUAAUGCGAAGACUACGCGUAACGACAACUCGUCACGUUUUGGGAAGUACAUCCAGAUCCUGUUCGACGGCGAGCAAGAAAUCGUCGGGGCACGCAUACGGACGUACCUCCUUGAGCGCUCUCGUGUCGUUUUCCAGCCUUUGACGGAGCGGAACUACCAUAUCUUCUACCAACUCUGUGCCGGAGCUCCUCUGAAAGAGCGGAAGGAUUUGGGUCUCGAUACGGAUGUCACUAAGUUCCAAUACCUCAGCCAGGGCGGUCCCACCUCUACGCCCAUUCCCGGGGUGGACGAUGAACACGAGUUCCAGGAAACGCAGAAAGCUCUGUCAACAAUUGGCAUCGGCAUCGAGAAGCAGUGGGCCGUCUUCAAGCUCCUUGCUGCUCUUCUCCACCUCGGCAACAUCAAGAUCACUCAAUCACGGACAGACGCGGCAAUUGACGACACGGAUCCUGCGCUUCAACUGUCGACGCGUUUUCUGGGCAUACCUCUCGCCGAAUUCAAGAAGUGGACGGUCAAGAAGCAGAUCACCACUCGUAACGAAAAGAUUGUCACCUCGCUGAAUGGCGCACAGGCGACAGUCGUUCGCGACUCUGUCGCGAAGUUCGUCUAUGCUUGCCUCUUCGAAUGGGUCGUCGCAAUCCUUAACGAGAGUUUGGCUGGGGAGAACGGCGAGGCUGCGAAUCGAGCGGAGAUGUUCAUCGGUGUGUUGGAUAUCUACGGGUUUGAGCAUUUUAAGAAGAACUCCUUCGAGCAAUUUAGUAUCAAUUACGCGAACGAGAAGCUGCAGCAAGAGUUCAACCAGCACGUCUUCAAGCUCGAGCAAGAGGAGUACAUCCGUGAGAAGAUCAAUUGGACAUUCAUCGAUUUCUCCGACAACCAGCCUUGCAUCGACGUCAUCGAAGGCAAACUUGGUGUUAUGGCCCUUCUUGACGAAGAGUCCCGUCUUCCCUCCGGCACAGAUCAAUCCUUCCUGCAGAAGCUCAACAACCAGUUGGUCAAGCCGGAGAAUGCCAAGGUCUUCAAGAAACCCCGCUUUGGCAACUCUGCCUUCACGAUUGCUCACUAUGCCCUGGAUGUCACAUACGAAGUGGAGGGUUUCCUAGAGAAGAAUCGGGAUACUGUACCCGACGAGCACAUGGCCCUUCUCCAGGCAACCAAGAACGCAUUCUUGAAGGAGGUACUCGACGCUGCGUUUGCCGCGACCAAACCCGCCGACGCCACGCCUCCUUCUCCCACCGUUUCAGAUUCCGCCAACACCACCAAUAAGCGCGCGUCCCUCAUUCCCGAUCCUGGCAGGACGUCGCUCAUGUCCUCUGCUACGGCGGGUUCUGGUCCAAAGCGUCCCGGUGGUAUGGUGAAGAAGCCUACCCAGGCCUCGAUCUUCAAGGCAUCAUUGGUCAACCUGAUGGACACUUUGAACGUCACAAAUGUCCACUACAUCAGGUGCAUCAAGCCUAACGAACAGAAGCGCGCUUGGGAGUUCACUCCUCAGCAGGUACUGGGUCAACUUCGUGCUUGUGGUGUCUUGGAGACUAUCCGGAUCAGUUGCGCUGGUUAUCCUUCACGAUGGACGUAUGAAGAAUUUGCCGAGCGGUACUACAUGCUCGUCCAUUCUUCUGAAUGGGAACCCAUGAUCAAGAAUCUCGAGCUCAAGCCUCUCUGCGCCCGGAUUCUUGAGAAGACCAUCAACGACCCUGACAAGUAUCAGCCAGGCCUUACCAAGAUCUUCUUCCGUGCUGGUAUGCUUGCAGCACUCGAGUCGUUGCGCUCCAACCGCCUGAACGCGCUCGUCACCAUCGUUCAGAAGAACAUGCGGCGUAAGAUGGCGGUGAAACAUUAUAGGGCUCUUCGCGAAGCGACGAUCAAGAUUCAGACCUGGUGGCGCGGUCUCAUGGCAAGGCAACUUGUGGAGAAGGUCCGCAAGGAUGCUGCCGCGACCCGCCUCCAGCGAGGCAUCCGGAGAUACCUGCAGCGAAAACGCUUCCUCACUAUUCGUACUUCAGUUGUCGCCUUUCAGAGCCGUGCCCGUGGCCUUCUGGCUCGCCGCAAUUUCAAGGACUCAAAGCGGACGUUUGCCGUGGUCACUCUCCAAAGCCUGUUCCGGGGGCUUCUUUGCCGCAGAGCAUACAAGAAGGACGUUCGCAGCGUCAUUCUUAUCCAGUCCUGUAUGCGGCGGCGGCUCGCUCGCAAGGAGCUCAAGGCCCUCAAGGCCGAGGCCCGUUCUGUCUCCAAGUUCAAGGAGAUCUCUUACAGGCUGGAGAACAAGGUCGUCGAGCUCACUCAAACACUCCAGAAGCGCACCGAAGAGAAGAAGGAGCUGCAGAACAAAGUCACUGCUCUCGAGGCACAGCUAUCACAGGCGGUUGCUCGUCACGAAGAGUCGGACGCUCGCGCUAGGCAGAUCCAGACUGACCUCACGAACGCCCAAUCGGAGUUGUCUCGUAGCCAACAACUCCUGCGGGCAAAGGAGGACGUGGAGCGGAAGCUCGAAGAUGCGAUCGUCAAGGCCGCAGAGAAAGAGGCUGCCAUCCAAAAGUUGACGGAGGAGCUUGCCCAGCAGGCCUCACAACUCGAGUCUCAGCAGAAGCUCAUCGACAGUCAGCCUGUUCGGAAUGCGGACGACAGCUCCGUCAUCCAGACGCUCAAGACCGAGGUCAGUAGCCUCCGGGAACAGCUCAACAGGGCUACUGCUCUCAACGCGCUCACUCGGGGAGUGCGAGCAGAGCCGACUUCUCCUACCUUCGCCCCUGUUCUUCGUCUCGCCGAACCUGGCUCCGGCAAUGCUAAUGGCUCCAGUCUUGCUUCUGUUCCCCGUCACCAACGGCGACACAGCUCGGCUGGCGUUUAUGCUAUUCAGCCUUCCGAUCACCGUACCUCCCAGGACGAGCUCAUGUUCAACGCCAAGAGGAGCCAAGCGUCCAAUCCUCGUGCAGUGUCGGUCGCGUACAACGGCGAGGAUGGCUUACCGCAGUUCCGCGUGCUCGACCGGUCCAGCCUGUACGAUGACCCCGCCGAAGAAAAGAUCAGGUUAAUGCAGGACAUCAAGCGUCUGGACGAGGAUGUUUUGGACGGCCUGAUCCGUGGGUUGAAGAUACCUGCACCGAGCUUGACCAGCCCCGCUGCUGUGAAGGAGAUCUUGUUCCCCGCAAACUUGAUCAGCCUGAUCACCAACGAGAUGUGGAAAUACGGCCUCAUUCCGGAGAGCGAACGGUUCCUUGCGAACGUCAUGCAGACUAUUCAGUCGCAUGUCAUGUCGUUCACCGGUGAGGACGCGAUAAUCCCUGGCAUUUUCUGGCUCUCCAACGUACACGAGAUGCUCUCGUUCAUCUGCGUGGCCGAGAGCGACAUGCUCCAGGGGAUUGGUCCUGGCGAGGAGAACGCUGUCCGGCCGUUUGAGUGGGCGGACUACGAACGACUUGUCUCGGUGGUCAAGCACGACUUAGACAGCCUCGAGUACAACAUCUAUCACACGUGGAUGCUCGAGACUAAGAAGCGUUUGUCGAAGAUGGUCAUUCCUGCGCUCAUUGAAAGCCAGUCCUUGCCCGGCUUUACCACGACUGAUGGCGGAGGAAGGUUAUUCAACCGCCUGUUGAGCUCGAACACCCAACCUGCGUACAGCAUGGACGAUAUCUUGAACUUGCUGAACAAGGUCUGGAGGAGCUUGAAGAGCUACUAUAUGGAAGAGUCCGUAGUACAGCAAGUCAUCACCGAGCUCCUCAAGCUCAUUGGUGUGACGAGCUUCAACGACCUUCUCAUGAGGCGUAACUUCUCGUCCUGGAAGCGAGCGAUGCAAAUUCAGUACAACAUUACUCGAAUCGAGGAAUGGUGUAAAUCGCACGACAUGCCGGAGGGCACUCUACAGCUCGAGCACUUAAUGCAGGCCACGAAACUGCUCCAGCUCAAGAAGUCCACACCUGCGGAUCUGGACAUCAUCUACGAUGUCUGCUGGAUGCUGACGCCUACGCAAAUCCAACGCAUGUGCACGAACUACUACGUCGCCGACUAUGAGCAACAGACUCCCAUCUCGCCGGAAAUUCUUCGCGUUGUUGCCUCACGAGUAUCACCCAAUGAUCGCAACGACCACCUACUCCUUGCACCCGAAACCGAAGAGGUUGGCCCUUACGAGCUUCCCCUCCCUAGAGAGGUUUCUGGACUGGAGACUUACGUCCCCGCAUACCUCAAUGUCCCUCAUCUCCGGAGACUCGCGGCUCUGGUAGCCUAA